AUGAAUUAUGAUGUUUUGGUCAGUGUUUCAUUUCGAUAUAACAUUGGAUCGGUAUUACGAACAGUGGAAUCAUUUCUUAUGGAUGCUGAAUGGAUUCAUCCAAUUCGACGUCUUGAAUAUGCUGUUUGUUACAAAUUGGCUAGAUUGGGAGAUACUAUUAGCAGAAAAUUAGUAUCAUCUAAUACAGCUAUUGAGAAGUUGCACGAAUACUUGGCUGAAAAUGGUGAAACGUUAGCUCAGGUACCGAUUUCACCUGUUUAA